AAUUGGACUCCCGUUUGAUCAUCACCAUCCCCGAAACCCCCCAAAACCCUGCGCUCGACCCCUUUCGAGCUCCACCGUGAUGGGCUCGCCGUGUUCCCUUUGUCGCGCGCAGGGUCACGCCGCCCUCUUCUAUGAUCAAAUCGGAACGUGGACUCCUUCGUCGAGCCCUCGCCACAAGAUUCCCACUACCCCUAUCUCUCCCUUCCUUCGCCUCCUCCUUCUCGUCGUUCGAUGGGCAAGCCUCCUACUCCAACGACGACGUCGAAGGCGAUGCUGCCGGCAAACUUCGCAAUGCGAAAUCCAUCGAUUCCUGCGCUGGUGACCCUCUCCCGGCCCUCUUCCCCGUUGUUUCUGUAGCUCUGCGAACUCUCAAUUGGACUCUCGUCCAGGAAGUUAGAUUCUCGGAGGCGGUGGCCUCGCACGGCUUCCCGCACGCAUUGGAAGCUUUCGCGAUGCUCAUGGGGGUGUUCUCGUUGGGGGCAAUGCAACGGGAGGUCAGGUGCUUGCUUGCGGGCGUUUUGGGCUUCUGUGGGGAUGCGGACUGCAGCUCGAUCGGGUUGCUGCCUACACUGGCUGAGCUCUCUCGAGGUGCCCUGAGCUUGUUACAUGUGUACGGAGCUGCUGUCCAGGUUCUGGCGGAGCACUUGCUGGUCGAAGAUGCAUUGGAGACCUACUAUGAGGCCAGGAGAAUGGGACUUCAAAUUGGGGUUCCCUUAUCUAAUCUCUUGCUCAAGGUUCUGGUCAAAAGCAAUAACAUGGAUAAGGCUAAGUGUUUGUUUAACAACAUGAAGAGCUGCAGCCCUCUGCCUAAUGUAUACAGCUAUACUAUCAUGGUGCAUAUGUAUACUAGCAAGGACACCUUUGAUAUAUAUGAAGCUGGUAAGAUUCUCACUGAAAUGGAGAUGAGUGGAGUGAAGCCGAAUGCAGUGACAUAUGAUACGUACAUUCGAGGACUCUGCAGAGCAGGGGAUGUCAAGUCUGCAUGGGAGUUUCUUCAGGACUUGCAGUCUAGAGGUCUGCCGUGCAACACCAACUGUUACAACGCUCUCAUUCUUGGUUUCUGCAGGGAGGGUGAGUUGGAAAAUGCUUUGCUGGUGUUUCAGGAACUGAAGCAACAGAGACUGACACCGGAUGUACAUAGCUAUAGCAUUCUCAUUGAUGGAUUUUCCAAGAAAGGAGAUGUUUUGAAUGGCUACAAUCUGCUUGAUGAAAUGCUCAGCAGUGGAAUCAUCCCAACGAUGGUCAGUUAUAGUUCACUGCUGCAUGCAUUGUGCAUGAAAGGUGAGAUGGGAUGUGCAUUAAAUUUGUUCAAUGAGUUGCAUAGCCGAGGUUAUGCGCAUGACUUAGUUUCCUAUGGUAUCCUUAUUGAUGCUUAUUGCAAGCAUGGCGAUUUGGAUGCUGCUUCUAAGCUGUGGCAAGAGAUGGUCCAAAACAAUUUUGUUCCAGAUGCUUAUAGCUACACAAGUAUAAUAUUUGCCCACUGUAUAAAUGGAUGCUUGAAGGAAGCAUUGGAUCAUUUUGAACUCAUGCUUAAUAAUGGUGUGAUGCCCACUGUCGUCACCUGUACUCUCAUAGUUGAUGGUUUUUGCAAGCAGUAUCGAACAGUAGAAGCUUUUGAAUUCUUAAAUGAAAUGCAUAAAUGGGGUAUUAUUCCAAAUAUAUUUAUGUACUCGGUCAUCCUUAAUGGACUAUGCAAGGAGGGAAAGUCAGUUUGCACAUGGGGAAUUUUGGGAGCAAUGAUAAAGAAAGGGAUAGUUCCUGAUGUGGUCGUCUAUACCAUCCUUAUCAAUGGUCUAGUGAAAAUUGCAAAAGUGGAGGAGGCAUUGAGGUUGUUUGCAGGAAUGUCGAAGGUGGGAGUGAUGCCCAACAUCUUUACAUACACUAGCAUCAUUGAUGGGCUGUGUAAGAAUGGUAGGCUGCCUGAGGCAUUGAUUUGUUUCGAGGAAAUGAUCCGGGAGGGGUUUGUACCUGAUAGGAUUGUGUAUACAUCCUUGAUUGAUGGUUACUGUACGUGCAAAGAUAUGCUGAAAGCUGUUGAAUUGUUCAACAAAAUGACCCAGAGUGGUUUAGUGCCUGAUGCACAUACAUACACCUGCCUCAUUGAUGGAUAUAGCAAGUUGCUUCUGAUGGACGUGGCAGUUUCUUUGUUAGAUGAAAUGAUGAAACUGGAUCUUUCUCCUACUGUAGUAACUUAUACUGCUGUUAUUACUGGCUAUCGUAAAUUGGGUGACUGGGAUAGAGCUUACGAGGUAUAUGAGUUUAUGUUGAAGCAAGGCAUUUCUCCGGAUGCACUCACAUAUUUAUCAUUAGGGGUUUCAUGUUCUGGUGCUUGAGCAGCCACUGUACAGCUACAUAUCAUGUAAUAUAGUGCGGCUCUCAAACUUGCCGAUCCCAGCUACGUGAAGCUCAAGUUAUGCUGAUGUGGCCGGAUGGCUGGAGCAGUGUAUCCUGUGGUGCAAAACAACUGCUGUCUGAAAAUCUUUGGAUGUUUUUGUUUGACUCCAAAAUAACAGCAAAUAUCCAUCAUGGUGGCAGACAUUGUAUGUGCUAGAGAUGACAGACAGUACAUGAUGAUGUGUUGAAGGAAGUGACUUCAAAUUGCUUUUUAGGAGGAAGGUCACUAACACUUGACAAAUCCAAUGUAUUUUGAUAAAGGAGUGCAUGCUGGUAUGAAUCCAGUUCACCAUAGUUCAGCAUGAUUUUCCCUAUUUACAACUGCUUACUUUCACAGAUUGUCAUGUGAUAGAAGGUCAAGACUCAUGACUAAGUGGUUCUGAUGAUGAUAAUGUAUACUGUUUUAGACUAUAAACAGAGGCGAUUAUGCUCAAACAAGAGGAAGCAACAGGGACAAGAUAAUAGGGUCCUUUUUUCCCUUAUUGAUGUCUUCUUUUCAUUUAGAUUAUGACUUUUUAAGGGGUCAGUUGGAUUGUGAUGUUAACAAAGAACAAUAAGGUAUUCAUUGAAGUAUCAUGUUUGUGUGUAAAAUGUUCAGGUAUUUUACUGAUUCAAUAAUUGAGAUCCAUUCAGAUGUAGCAUACGAAACUUUCUU